UUAAAUAUCUUUCAGGCUGUAUUUAAGUCGCCAUCUGCUUCUACACAUACUCCCCCUCCUCGUCCUACAGCCUCGAACACACACAAACUGAGAGGCUUUUGCACAUGUGAAUUCAUUUUUUAUUUUUUGGUGGUGUUGAAUUAAUACCUAAAGUUUCUAUCACUUGCAUCAAGUUAUAUUUUAACGCGUUAGUCAAAUUGAGGAGACAUUACUCCUUCUCUUCACUCCUCAGCUCUAACCCAGUAGUCGGCCAGGGCAGCUGUUGCUGUCUGUCCGUAAUCCUUCCCACGCAGAGCUAGAAGUAUGGGCUGGAGCUGAGGAUCGCAGUAGGGCAGUUGGACAAGCAGUUGGAGAAACACUGUAUUUGUGUGUAACUUAAAACCACAGAAGGCCACAGUUAAAAGCCUGCUAGAGAUCUGGAUCCAGAUUGAUCCAAAUCCAAAGGACUUCAUCUGGGACCACAAACUAACAACGGCAGUUGGAUGCCAUAGAUCAUCUGUUUUGGGCAUUCUUACCCUCGUGCUUGGACUCCUUCAGAUAUCCUCAACAGUUCGAGGCCAUGGACGACUCCACCACCAAAGAAGAAGGUGAGAAUGUGGAGUAAUUCACCACACGACAAACCAAAGAUUUUUCUUUGUAAUUUCUGUGACGGUAAUUAGUGCUGGCAGUAUGGCACAGUCUUUUUUUUACAAAUUGUUAUGUAGGCAUAGUUAGAUUGAAAUCCCCAGAAAACAGAAUGAAUCUAAUGUAAGAGUUUGUAAGAUACUUUAAUUGAAAUGUCUAAUCUGUUUAUGACAAACAUAUUUAUACACAAACAAAAGAUAUAAAUUGAGCUCCUGAGCAACUACUGAAUCUUUGCAUUCCCCUGACCUUUUCUCUAAACCACUGUAUAUAACUGAAGUUAUGUGUCAGGUGCUCUGAGUAACCUUUAGCACUGACACAUAGCUGGAGUCCAACAAACCGGCAUGAUCAAAGCAGGAUCAGAAGGGCAUUAUGAUUCGUUUAUAGAGCAGAGAAUCAAAUGUUGCAUGUAAUGGGAUAUGAAAGAGAAAUAACAUGAUUGCUCAUCUGCUUGAUUUAAGGCUAGAAUAUUUCCAUGCCUCUUUUAGGUGAUGUGGUUAUGUGAUUAGUUUCUUACUUGGUGGCAUUAGCCAUUAUAUUAGUAUACCAUUCAGAUUUAAGAUAGCAGUGUAAACCUUUUUACAGCAGAAAGUUUGACUCUUCAUAGCAGGAAAAGCACAGGUGCAACUAAUAACAUUAAUUUCAGCUCCAUGGUAUUUAAGUGUACCAGUAAAUGAUGCCAGUGAGACACAUUAAACAACAUUGGUACUUCUGGGUAUUCAGGUGCCGCUGUGGAUGCGGAGCUAGCCAAAGCCAUAAUGGCUCGGUGUUUCCACCCUUCUCUCAUUGGCCCCGAGCCCUGGGAGGGAUACGUCUUUUCUGAUGUGGAAAUCCGUAUCAAAGAAUCCACAGACGUCUACGGAGCUGUACUCUGGCCCUCGGCAAUGGUGUUGUGUCAUUUCUUGGAGACCAACCGAGACAAACACAACCUGACAGACAAAAAUGUGAUUGAACUGGGUGCUGGAACUGGGCUCGUCACCAUCGUAUCCAGCCUGUUAGGUGCUAAGGUGACCUCCACUGACCUACCAGAUGUGUUGGGGAACCUCCAGUAUAAUGUUAUGCGCAACACCAAGGGCCGAUGCAAGUACAUCCCUUUGGUCACAGAGCUUGUCUGGGGAAAGGAGGUGGAGCAGCGUUUCCCACGUGCCACACAUUGUUUCGACUACGUCCUGGCAGCUGACGUGGUGUACGCUCAUCCUUACCUGGAGGAGCUUAUGGACACCUUUGACCACCUGUGCCAGGAAAACACACAGAUCCUGUGGGCCAUGCGAUUUCGUCUGGACCCAGAGAACAGCUUUGUUGAUCGCUUUCGGCAGCGCUUUCACCUGGAGGAGCUGUAUGACCUCCCCAGUCUGAGUAUCAAACUGUACCGAGCCUGGAGGAAGGACAAGGGCACCAAUGACCAAGGAGAGGCUGCUGCCUGAACAGACAGAGAACACACAAUGCAUUUUCAUUGUGUGAGCUUCUCUGUGAUUGACAAAAUAGGCCAAAUUUGUAUAUUGUUUUGCUGAAUGGUCUGUUUUUCAUGGAUCUCAUGUACAAAUGUCUUAAUGUCUCUUAUACAUGAGACUUUAUGAUGUUAAUAGUUUAAAAUGCCAGUCACAAUAUCAAGUUGUGAUCCAUGUUUUUACUGUUAAUGUUAUUAUUUACAGUAUUUACUGGUGUCUACUAGAAACAUUUCAAUAUAAUGCAAUACCAUUUAUUGCAGGACAGUUGCUUUGCAUUUCAUAUAGGUGAACUUAAAUAAACAUUCAUUUUUUUUUCAUAUGGGCAUUUAGUAAGUGGACAUUUUGGAUUCUUCAUAAGGCCAAGAACCACCUAUGGAGACUGUGGUUGUCAUCAGCAGCACGCUGUCACACUUGAGACUGAUUUGGCAGACUAUGUUGUUUUGGUCCAGUCAGCUCACAGCACUGACGAUCUGGGCCAACAUAGCUCUGGACUUUUCAAGUGGCUUUCUGAUGACCUUGUUUUAUUUAGGAGGUCUGUUGCUGUGUGACUUCACAUGGACAAACUGAUCAGGUUUUGUCGCUGUUGAAAUCGACAGACUGGAGAAGCAUAUGACUAUUUUUUUGUAUUUUAAUAACAUUUGAAUAGAUUGCCUGUAAUGUGGCAAACGUCACAGCUGGUUCUCUUAAUAUGAAUCCUCUGGGGACCAUGAAUGCCUUGAGUCUGAACCUGAUCAGGUUGAAAAGCCUGGAAAGCGAAGACUGAGAUGUCCUGGAAUGUGCAGAGGAUGAACUGCAACAUCUCUGUUUUGCAAUCAUCAAUAAUUUUGUUUUGUGAUGUAAACGCGGCUAUAAUGUAUAUUAGAUACACCUACAGUGAAUUCCCACCUAAAUCUGCAGCCCCCCUUGACUUUACAGAGCUUUGUCGCAAGUUUCAGCUCAUUGUUUAGCUGUUCGGCCAACAAAUGAACUGUUUUGGUUUACUCUCA